AUGUCACAUAGCAAAAGAAACACCACCCGCCCCGUCUUCACCUCGUACGAAAGAGAUCAGGCCAAAUCAAACUGGACCGCAACCUCCGCCCAACUCAAUCGAGAUUCCUUCCUGCCCUUUGGCUACUGCAGCCUCUGCCUCGAAAACGCCCGCGAACCGGUCUCAUGUCCGCGAGGGGACAUUUUCUGUCGCGAAUGCGCCCUGGCGAACCUCCUGGCGCAGAAGAAGGAGCUCAAACGGGGGGAAAAGGCACGCCAAAAUGCCGAGAAGGAAGCUGCCAGGAUUCAGGCCAUUGGUGAUGAGGAAGAGCGGGAGCGAGCGAUUCGCGACUUUGAGAUGACGCAGGCUGGGUUGACGAAUAAUGCCGGCAAGAAAAGUUCCAAUGCUACAACAAUAGCUACAAGAACAGAUACUGCUACGGCCACAGCUGCGAUUGAAGAUGGAAACGAAGGCGCCGUUAUUCGCGCCGGGUCCAAGAGGAAAUUUGCCCUUGAUGCGGAUGAGCUUGGCCGGAUAGCAGAAGACGACAAGGCAAGGGCGAGAAGAGCCAUUGAAGAUGAAAAGGCCGCCAAGCCAACGCUUCCUUCAUUCUGGACACCCUCACUCACACCAGACGUACGAAACAGCGACCUCCCGCCAGUCACAAAGAAAGCCAAAACAACGCCCACAUGCCCGGCUUCCGCAGAACACAGUCCUCAUUCUCUCUCUCUACAAAAACUAUUGACAAUACAGUUUAACGAAACAACAGACGACUCCACAAAAGAGACUCACAGAACCUGUCCCUCAUGCCUCAAGACCCUCUCCAAUGCCCUGAGCCCCGUCAUGGCUGAGAAAUGCGGCCACGUCCUGUGUUUAAGCUGUGUCAAGAAGUUUCUCCUUCCUCCAGGGAAACAGCAGGCCAAGGAGGAGGAUGAGCCUCCCAUUGCCUGCUUUGUCUGCAGCACACCCGUCGCCGUCACGACCAAACAUGGUAAACACUCGAGCUCAAAGGAUGCUCUGCCGACGGGGUUGGUCAAGUUGAAGUCGGAGGGGACAGGCUUCUCUGCUCGUGGAUCGCGAACCGUUGAAAAGUCAAGCGUUGCUUUUCAAUGCUAA